GCUCCGCAGCGGCUGCAGCCCCAGCAGCAUCGCCGGCGCCGCCGAACCCCGAUGCCGGCCCUGCAGCGGCUCGCCAGGGAAGAUGGCGCCGUCCCACGUCCUCAAGUGCUGCCAGAGGGUGCUGGCCUGGGUGCCCGUGGUCUUCAUCGCCCUGGUGGUGGCCUGGUCCUACUACGCCUACGUGGUGGAGCUGUGUGCGUUUACGAUUACCUCAACUGGAGAAAAAGUUGUCUACCUUGUGGUUUUUCAUCUGUCAUUUGUCAUGUUUGUGUGGUCCUAUUGGAAGACUAUUUUUACAUCUCCUGCUUCCCCCUCCGAUGAGUUCUGCUUAUCAAAAUCUGAUAAAGAAGAAUAUGAAAGAGAAGAGAGACCAGAAUCCCAGCAGGACAUUUUGAGAAGAGCUGCUAAAGACUUGCCUAUCUAUACCACAACAGCAUCAAGGGCAAUCAGAUAUUGUGAUAGAUGCCAACUAAUCAAGCCUGACCGCUGUCACCACUGUUCUGCAUGUGACCUAUGUAUACUAAAAAUGGACCAUCAUUGUCCUUGGGUGAAUAACUGUGUGGGAUUUUCUAACUACAAAUUCUUCCUCCUGUUUUUAUUAUACUCCUUAUUGUACUGUCUGUUUGUUGCGGCUACGGUCUUGCAGUACUUCAUAAAGUUUUGGACACUUUGCCGCAGGAAAUCUGCAGAGAAUUGUCCAAAGAAUGAUCUGCCAGACUCGCAUGCAAAGUUCCAUGUACUUUUCCUUUUCUUUGUGGCUGCCAUGUUCUUCAUCAGCGUACUGUCACUUUUCAGCUACCACUGCUGGCUGGUCAGCAAAAACAGAUCAACAAUAGAAGCAUUCCGUGCACCCACAUUUCGAAAUGGCCCUGACAAAAAUGGCUUCUCUCUUGGAUGCAGCAAAAAUCUGAAAGAGGUUUUUGGAGAUGAAAAGAAGUAUUGGUUUCUGCCUGUUUUUACAAGCUUGGGUGAUGGUUGUAAUUUUCCAACUCGCCUGGUGAUUAUGGAUCCAGAGCAACUUACUGUCUCAAGCCAAAAUGAACCCACCAAAAGUUCUGGAGCCAAUCAGCCCUUUCCUGCCAGGCCACUUAGUGAGUCGCAAAAUCGAUUGUUGGACAAUGAAAGUCAGUGGGUGGAAGAUGGCUCAGAAGAAGAAAAUGUUAAAUCAGGUGCAAAAAAGCAUGUUAUAGUUUCAUUGGAAAGCUGAUCUCAGUCUGUUAAUUACCAAUUAUCUCAAUGAGAAAAAGGUUUCUGCAACACAUUUGUGCUUGAAUAUUAAUUUUGUUUGAAAGAUGUUUCUCGGUAAAAUGGAACAGUGUGAACAUGUUAAAGAAGAUUUAUGAGAAAUUGUUUUUGUGCAGUACAAUGGACGUUUAUAAGCACUGCUGCAGAGCAGGGAAGUAAGACAGAUGCCUUAAGAUUAUUAAUAUGCAUUUAUGCAACAUUGACUUAUAUACUGCUACAAAAGAGCCAAAUCCUGAAGUGUCCUGCGUGGUGAACAGGGCCCAAAUAGAGCAGAAACUGUGCAUUGCUGCUGUGAGGGAGUAGAUCUGCCAAGACCCAAGCAGGCAGAUCCCAUAUUCCUGUGCACUGCAGAAGUUACUUCCAUAGCAGGUCUCCAGGGGACCAAGAAAGGGGAAAAGUGGGUGUGUUGCCCACAAACAGAGAGCAUGGCCAGUGAGUUUCCACUAUGUAGCUACAUGUGGCCCAAACACCACAUAAGGGAAGAGCAGCACGAUGUAUCUUCAUCUCUUCCUAGUACCCAGUAGUUGCUGGUCACACACUUACUACCCCUGUACCCUGGCUCUGUAGUGCUGUGGGGGUUAAAAACUCCUUCCUUCAGCCCUGCUUUGUUGCAGCAAAAUGCCAAGCAAGUAAAGCUCUUUCACUUGGGCUCCACUUGUUUGCUUCGGGAUUGGCCCCCUAGUAAUUUGAUUUCUUUAAUCAUAUCAGGAAUGUGACUCCAUAAAGU